UCAAAAAAGCUAAAAGAGAAGCAGCUGAGCUAAGCUAAGCAACUCCUUUUCUCUCUCUUUCUCUUCUCUGGCCCCAAACAGUCAAAUGGCAGCUGCCCAUUUUCCUCAUCUCCCUCCUCCAUUUCCUUUCCUCUUCUAACCGCCACCCCGCCCUCCCUCUCAAGAACAAAAACAAAACCCAAACCCUAUCUCUCUCUCUCUCUACCGCCAAGUAUCCAAACGCGCCGCAGCUCAGCCAUGAAGGAGAAUCUCAUUUUUGUAUCUUGCUCACUUUUACUCUUUAAUUUCUUCCUCUCGUUCGCCAUUGAAGAUGACAUCACUUGUCUCGAAGGCCUGAAAAGCUCUCUCACCGACCCGGACUCCCCUCUAGCCACGUGGACCUUCAACAACCGUUCGUCAACAUUCGUUUGCAAUCUGACCGGCGUUUCAUGCUGGAACGAGAAGGAAAACCGAAUCAUAAGCCUCCUGCUCUCUUCUAUGAAGCUGUCGGGUCAGUUACCGGACUCUUUAAAGUACUGUCGGAGCCUCCAGAUUCUGGAUCUUUCCAACAACUCUCUGUCCGGUCCCAUUCCUAAUGAUAUCUGCUCUUGGCUUCCUUACCUCGUACGCCUCGAUCUCUCCGGUAACAGUCUCUCCGGUUCCAUCCCCACUCAGAUCGUUAACUGUAAGUUCCUAAACGACCUCGUUUUAGACAAUAACAAAUUGUCUGGUUCGAUCCCUUACGAGCUCGCUCGGUUGGACCGGCUUAAACGGUUUUCCGUGGCGGACAACGAAUUGUCUGGCUCGAUCCCGUCUGAUCUGGCGCGAUUUGGGGAAGACGGUUUUGACGGUAACAGUGGACUUUGUGGGAAACCGUUAUCGAAAUGCGGUGGAUUGAGCGGUAAAAGUCUUGGAAUCAUCAUAAUAGCGGGUGUCAUCGGCGCCGCCGUUUCGUUAAUCGUCGGUUUCGCGAUUUGGUGGUGGUUCUUUCUCCGAGCUGGCGCCGCAGGUGAAAAAAGAAAGAAAAGUUACGGCAUUGAUGGUAAAGAUGAUAGUAGUUGGAUUGAAUUGUUGAAAUCUCACAAGCUUGUUCAAGUUUCGUUAUUUCAAAAGCCUAUAAAUAAGAUUAAAUUGGCGGAUUUAAUGGUGGCGACGAACAAUUUCGAUGCGGAAAACGCGGUCAUUUCGACGAGGACAGGAGUUUCGUACAAGGCGAUGUUGCCGGACGGAUCUGCCUUGGCGAUUAAGAGGCUAAGCGCAUGUAAGCUUAGUGAGAAACAGUUUAGAUCGGAAAUGAACAGGUUAGGACAACUUAGGCAUCCGAAUUUGGUUCCGCUUCUAGGGUUUUGUGUGGUGGAGGAAGAGAGGCUUUUGGUUUAUAAGCAUAUGCCGAACGGGACAUUGUACUCUCAGUUGCAUGGGGGAAGCCUGGUUGGUUUUGGGAAUGGGAAGUUUGAGGUUUUGGAUUGGCCAACUAGGCUUAAGAUUGGUGUUGGUAUGGCUAGAGGCUUAGCUUGGCUUCACCAUGGAUGCCAGCCGCCGUACAUGCAUCGGUAUUUUAGUUCCAAUGUUGUGCUUCUUGAUGAUGAUUUGGAUGCUCGAAUAACGGAUUUUGGGUUGGCAAGAUUGAUGGGGUCUCGUGAUUCCAAUGAUAGUUCGUUUGUGAACGGGGAUUUAGGGGAGUUUGGCUAUGUGGCUCCCGAGUAUUCUAGUACUAUGGUUGCUUCUUUGAAAGGGGAUGUUUACAGUUUUGGGGUUGUGUUGUUGGAGUUGGUUACGGGUCAAAAACCCAUUGGGGUUAGCUCUGCGGAGGAAGGAUUUAAAGGGAAUUUGGUGGAUUGGGUUAAUCAGUUGUUUAGCACAGGUCGAAGCAAGGAUGCUGUUGAUAAAGCAUUGUGUGGGAAUGGUCAUGAUGAUGAAAUUAUGCAGUUUCUGAGAGUUGCUUGCACUUGUGUGGUUCCCAGGCCAAAGGACAGACCUUCUAUGUACCAGGUUUAUGAAUCGUUGAAGAGCGUGGCUGAGAAACAUGGUUUCUUUGAACAUUAUGAUGAAUUUCCGUUGAUCUUUGGGGGACAAGAUCAUGAUCACAAGGAGUAACCCUGGUGGGGGGGAUGGGAUAAGAAGUGCAAAAAACGCUUGUUUAUUUUCUUUGAGAGUUGCAGCAAUUGGACAUAUCUGCGUUGUGUAUGCUAUGUUCUUUUUAAGGCAUUUCCAGCAAUUGGUAUCAUUUCCACUUGGAACAGGAUUCCCUGUUCUAGUGCUAAUUUGUUGGAUAAUUCUGUAAAUUACAUGAAGCAUUAUGCACUCUAGUCACUAGCUUCAAUGCAGUUGAAGUUUUUCUUUAUUAUC